AUGUCACCAGGAAGAUGCCUUGGUACUGGACCAUUCGACCAUGUCUUCGCCAUUGACGACGACAACAUCUUAAAAGUUAUCCUGGAGAUGGAGGAGACAGAAUACCAUACUGAAGAGGCCCGUGAGAGGCUUCAGCUCGAAAGGACCAUCUACGAAAGACUCGGAAAACAUGACCGAAUCUGCGAGUUCAGGUACGCCUUCGAGGGUGGACACGUCGUGGAGAGGCUGAAGAUCAACCUGAGCGGACGGCUGUUCAUGUUUGCCAGUGUGGGAAAACCGCCUCCUUUGAAGCAGACACUGAAGUGGUCGAUCCAAGCUGCUGAAGCAUGUGCCUACAUCCACGGAAAGGGUGUCAUCAAGUCCAACCUGAGCACCCGAAAUCUCUUCAUGGACAAGAACGAAAACAUCAAGCUCCAUGACUUCACCAGCUCGUCCAUCGAUGGCUCUGUCCCUCGGGAAAGGUCCGAUAAGGGGUUUGGGCGCCCCGGCACCGAUGCCACCAAGCCAGAUAUACAAGACAAUCUAUUUGCUCUAGGAGGCAUCAUGUACCAAAUCAGCACGGGCAACGAACCUUCCUGGAACAGUACCCACUCGGCUGCCCACCACUUUCGGGAGUUGUCCAGGGUUGCCAUCGCCUCUGUCAUCACCAAGUGCUGGCUUGGACAGUACCAUUCAGCCGCAGAAGUUGUGAAGGAAUUGAGGGAAAUAUACGCCAAAGAGAUCGGCUCGCCCAUGCCGACUGAACGAUCUUACGUUACAGGUACCGGUACCCCUCCAACCGGCUGA